AUGAUGCCCUCAAGAACCGCGCGUGUGUCAGCUGGCCUAUGCAGUUCAGUCUUGGUGCUGGGUCUGGGAGCUUUAAUGCUUCCGAGCAGUUUUGUUGGCCCGAUGCGUGGGCCCAGUUGCGCAAGACUAGGAAGUCCAAGUGGGACAGCGAGGCCGACUCGCUCAGUGACAGAGACAUCGGCAGGUUCGGCAGGUUCGGCAGGUCCGGCUGGAGGGGUGCUGGGACUGGGCCUGGCCAUGACUCUGGCUGGUCUCUCUCGAUCGCCUCACGCGCGGCAAGCCCGGCAAGUCCUGGCUCUGCGAGCGGAAGCAGAAGCGAAAGAGGAGGCUGAAGAGCCAGCUGAAGCUGAAGAAGCGGAAGCGCAGGACGAGACAGAGGACGUGGAGGAGGCAGAGGCAGAUGAAGAAGAGCAGAAGCCCUCGAAAUGGAAAUGUUUGGAUUGCGGCAGCAUGAAUUUUGCUGCCAGCACGGAAUGCGACAAGUGUGGGGCUGCGAAGCCCUCGGCAGAAGAAGCCCAGAUGAUUGAGGAGAGGGACAAGGCCAAAGAUGAAGUUGCGAAGGUCAUGGAUGGAUUUCUCAGAAUGCAGGCCGACUUGCAGAACUAUCGCAGGAGCCAUGACGAGGCCAUGGCACGAGCAAAAGAUCUUGGCAAAGUGGAUGCUUUGCAGAAGCUGCUUCCGAUUACGGAUGACAUUGAAGCCGCGGUAGCCGAGCCUGAAGGCAUGGAUGCCAAAGACAAGGCGAUAUUUGAUUCCUACUCGCUUCUGUUCCGGAAAAUUGGUGACGUCUGGACCAAGUUUGGGGUGGACACGCUGACCGUCGCUGCUGGUGACAUGUAUGACGAGGAUGCGCAUGAGGUCGUGGAGGAGCGAGAACCCACGGACGGCCAAGCAUCGGGAACAAUUAUCGAGGUUGUGAAACCUGGUUUCUCUUGUGAUGGCAAAGUGGUGAUCUCCCCGCAGGUGAUCAUCGCUUCGUCUUCGUCUGCAGAGGCAGAAGAAGCUCCGGAAGAGGCCGAAGCCGCCGCGUGA